AUGGUUGCGACAAGACGAAGCCAGCGGGCACAGGUACCGGUACGAGCAUCGGCACAGGUACCGGCGCAAGUCCCGGACCCAGGCGCCUUGCCGGCCCGGUCCAAGCCCAUGCCCAUGCCCGAGUCCAUUCCCCAAUCCAACGCUGCCGCUACUAGCAAGACCAAUACGCUGAGCGGGUUUCUAGAAAAGAUGCCGAUAGAGAUCCUCGCCAUGAUCCUCGAUUGCGUCGCGGACAAGAGGACCCUCAUCAAGCUGUGCAGGACGUCCAAGUUCUUGUACGAGCUCUUGAUGCCGCGGGUCCACCGCCGCGUCAUCGUGUCGGCGAUGCACUACGCGCAGAUCAAGGCCAUGAUCCAGACCGUCGAGCCGUACCUUUCCAUCAGGCAGAGAAGGGAACUCAGGGCGCAGAAAGCGUACGCCGGCCAGCAGGAGCGAUAUCCCACUGGGCAGGACGAGGACAAGAUCCCGGACGGGGCGCGGUUUGUGCGGGAGCUCGUUGUCGGGCAAAGCAACCCUGGCAAGAAGCACGACGUGUUUGUGCACCGCUACGUUGAGGAGUUCGUCAAGAACAUGACCGCCGUGGAGGUGCUGGAGAUUGAGAUGCUUCCAGGAUCAGUACCUGACUCGAGGUGCCACCCGGCCUUGAGACGCCCGACACCAGAUAAGCGCAGCUUCCUCCCCGAAUCGCUGCCAAUGUGGGACAAUCUCAAGUCCCUCAGCAUCAACGUGCGAGAUUUCCAAGGCGACGCGGCCGCAUGCGUCCAGAAUGUGCACAACCUGCAGCACCUGUACAUCAAGGACGCCCGGUACGCGCACGAUAGCCCCGAGGUCGUCCGUGCUCUCCUCCGCAACUCUGCCGCCACGCUCAAGACCCUCCGGUUGCGAUGCGCAGGGCUCAACAUCCAAUCGCGGCCGCUCUUUGACGCGGCCCCCGACGGCGACGGUCGCGUCCAGCGGUACGCCGCCCUACAGGGCAUCGACUUCUUCAACUUCUGGAACGCAGAGGAGAGCGUUGACGAGAUGCUGCGGGUAAUUGACUUUACGCGUCUGUUGAGCAUCCGACUCGCGUACGCCGAGGGCGCGUCGGCCACGCUGUACCGGGUGCUCGCGGCGGCCUUUGCCGAGGCAGCAGCGUCGCGGCGCGGCGCGGACGGCAUCAAGGUCCGGGAGCUGCUGGUCGACACGUCGUUUGACUACGAACACCCGCACCUGAACAACCACGAGAGCGAGGAAGCGCACUUGGGCGCGUGCUACGGGCUGGUGGCGUCGUUUGGCCAGCUCGAGUCGCUCGAGGUGAGCAACUAUGGCAUGUAUCCCAGUUCGAUCAACCCAAGCAGGGCGCCCAGGUACGGGCUGUCCAGUCGGCUCAUCGACGCGAUCCUGAAGCACGAGCACCUGAAAUCGCUCAAGCUGACCAUACGAGACGGUACAACCAAAUGCCUCCAGUAUCCGUCCGCGGACAACCUGACUACCAUUAUUCGCGGGCUGACGGAGCUGGAGCACAUUGAGUUUUCAGUGUACGAAUGGGACCUGGACGAGCCCGCUCGCUGUCUUCCCUACGGGAAGUUUUCCUCCAUCACCUGCAACGCCUACGAGCUCCGCUGGAUCCGCAACCCGACCGACCCGAGGUGGAUGGAAAUGGCCGACGUGACCCGGGCCAUCUUGUCCGCCUACCUCGAGUACUCCGGGCCCGACCGCUGGGAGGACAAGAUCGACAGACUGCGCACCGUCGAAAACCUCAAGCGGCGGUGGCAGGUCUCGCGGUCCAAGUUCGCCGCGGUGCGCGGCGCGGGCAAGAUGCAAAGGGUCGUCAAGGCGGCGCAGAAGAUGACGUCGCGGGACGGGGCGAGGGCACUCUGGUAUCGAGAAGUCGCGGUGCCGUCGCCGGAUCAUUGCCAGGGGUACGAUACCGAUUUGAAGUGGAUGAAUCAGGUCACAUCCUAG